UAUGCGUGCAUGAGUAGAGGGUGCAUGGCUUCUGGCAAAUAUCUGUCAAAAGUUUGACAAGCCACCGAGCUCUGUUAGCUGUAGCGAUCAUCACAUCCGCAGGGUGGCGCUAUUGCAACGCUAUCAUUUGCAUCCGGCGUAUAUCGACAAAGAAUAAGAACAAGGGGGAGGAAGAAGAAGAGCUUGAAGCAUCUUUUGGGAACUUAACUUUUAUGCUCCAAGCUGAUGUCCACUUCCUGCCAUGGACUCAGAGCUGCUGAUUGGUUGGCAACAGGAGAGGGUGGAGCUACAUCAGGAAGUGCGGCUGCUGCAGGAGGAGCUUGCAGAGAGUCGAGCAGAAAGGGAGGAGCUAGCGUCCAGGAACAGGGCCCUCAGUGAGCGGCUGGAGCUAUCAAUGGCCACCUCGCUCGCCCCCCAGCAUGAGGAGGAGGAACACAGGACAUGGAGGAGGCAGGCUCGGGAGGCCAGGGAGAGGGAGGCUCGUCAGGCUCUGCUCGUCCACCGGCUGCAGAACAAGGUGCUGGAGUACAGAGAUCGGUGUCAAAGCUUGGACCUUCAACUCAAAGCACAGACCACCAAGCAGGUCUCUAAACAAAGUGGCAAUGAGGACAAGUGUGAGUCUUUGGAAAGUGCCCUCAUCACGCUUGAAGAGGAACAACAAAGGUCUACCUUCUUGACCGAGACCAAUUCCUUUCUGCGGCUGCGCCUCAGCCGAUCGGAGCAGGCCAACGAGGUCCUGAGAGAGGACGUGCGCAAGCUGACGUGCAAUUUGACGAGAGCUCUGGAGGAGGCCGAGCGCCGAGCCUGUGAUUGGCAGCGCGAGAGAGAGUGCGCGUCAGGUCACAUGGCUCAGCAGCAGGCUCUGCUCUUGCGUGUGUGGAGGUCCGUGAUGGCUCUCAGACAACACUGUCGCACUGUCAGAACUGCUGCCGACAGGGAUCUGUUGGAGCUGAAGGCGGAGCUCUCCCGUCUUUCCUUGUCUGUCCUAUCCAGCUGUGACUCCACCUCCUUGAGCCUCAUCAAACUGUCCCCCCUGCCUCCUCCGCCCGCAGACCUCCUGACCUCAAGCCCUUCUCUCACGUCUGAGCAGCUCCACCCACCUCCCCUGGCUCCCCACCCUCUCACCUCCUCCACCUCCACCCUUGGUACCUUCACUGUUGGAGAGCUGGAGGUGGAGCCAGAGGACAGGAUGUUGGAGCAGAGGGGGCGAGAGGCAAGCCUGGAGGUAGUGGCUCGAGCCGUCGUCAAGCUGUCUCGCGUGCUGAACAGCAGCGCCCUCCCACACUCCGUCCCCGGUCAGGACACAUCCACCCUGCUGUCCAUCCUGUCCGACGCUGAGAGCGCCCUGCAGUGGAGACACCAGGAAGCGCAGAGGGCGGAGCUUGCUGUGCGGCGGCUCAGUGAGGACAACACUUUGCUGCAGCUGCGACUGAAACAGCUGGAGGAAGACAACCAGCAUCUUCACAAAAGUGCACAGAGCACUCCCAUGGCGCGUGAACUGAGCAGAAAGCAGGAGGCAGACCCUCACAAGAGUCACGUGGCGCUGAGACUUGAAGUGGAGCAACAGAGAGAGGCGGCGGAGCUACAGAAGAGACAGGAGGUCCUCCUUCAAGGAGAGGUGGAGCUCCGCAGCAAGGAGGAAAAGGUUCAGAGAAAAGAGGCGGAGCUACAGAAGAGACAGGAGGUCCUCCUUCAAGGAGAAGUGGAGCGCCACAGCAAGGAGGAAAAGGUUCAGAGAAAAGAGGCGGAGCUACAGAAGAGGGAGGAAAUCCUCUGUCGAGGAGAGGUGGAGCUUGGCGACAAGGAGGAAGCGUUUCAGAGAAGAGAGGCGGACCUACGAAAGAGGGAGGAAGGUCUCUGUCAAGGACAGGAGGAGCUUGGCAGCAAGGAGGAAGUGGUCCGCAGGAAGGAGGCGGAGCUGCAGAAGAAAGACGAGGUCCUCUUUCAAGGACAGGUGGAGCUUGGCUGCAAGGAGGAAGAGGUUCGCAGGAAGGAGGCGGAACUACAUAAGAGGGAGGGAAUCCUCUGUCAAGGAGAGGUGGAGCUUGGCUGCAAGGAGGAAAUGGUCUGCAGAAAGGAGGCGGAGUUACAAAAGAGGGAGGAGGUCCUCUUUCAAGGACAGGUGGAGCUUGGCUGCAAGGAGGAAGAGGUCGAGAGCAAGGAGGCGGUGCUACAGAAGAGGGAGGAGGUCCUCUGCCGUCAAGAGGUGGAGCUUCGUAGCCAGAAGCAACAGGUGGAGAGCAAGGAGGCGGAGCUCCAGAAGAACAAGAAAGAGCUCCAUCAAGGAGAGUUGGAGCUUGGCAGCAAGGAGAAAGAAGUCCAGAGAAAGGGGGUGGAGCUACAGAAGAUGGAGGACAAGCUGCAUAAAGAAGAGGAGGAGGUGAAAAGCAAGGAGAUGGCGCUACAAAGGAUGAGGGAGGUGCUGAAUAAAGGACAGGGGGAGCUUAGGAGCAGGGAAAAGAAUAUGGAAUGCAGGGAGGAGGAGCUUCAUGAAAGAGAAGUGACGCUGCAGCGCAAGGAGGAGGAAGUACAUAAAGGAGAGGUGGAUGUACGCCAGAGGCUUGAUGCCGAGCUGCUGGAGAAAGAAGCCAUCAUCAAAGAUCUGAAGGGGAUGGCAGAGAGCCAUCAGCGGGCCAGGAUGAGGGCAGAAGAAGAAGCGGCAGAUGUCAGAGACGCCCUGAUGAAGCGCUCCUCUCAGCACGCCUCUGUUUUGGAGGAGCUGAAGCAAGCGCAGGAGCAGCUACAGCUGGCAGCAAAGGAUAUGGACAGGAUGGAGUGUCUGCACGAGGAGCAGCAGAGAGAGAGCAGGAGGCUGCAGGAGAUGCAAGAUGUUCUGCAAAGGCAGGAGGAGCAUCAGGAAGAGCAGGCGCAGCAGCUGAAGUCCCGCUUGGUGUCUCUGCUGGAGCAGCUGCAACGAGCCAACGAGGAGCGAACUCACCUGAGCGCACACGUGCACACACUGCAGCAGGCCAAAGAAGCGCUCAGCGGUGAAGUGCAGUGUCUGAGGGAGGAGCUGCACCAGAGGGAGACAGCAGCUAGGAGGAUAGAGGAGCUGGAGAAGAGGCAAAGAAAGGGGAAGGAGUUGGAUGUGGCGCCGAAAGAAAAAGAUGGAGAAAGGAAGCAACUGGAGGAGCAGCCACAGAUUCUCCACUCUGGCGUUGAGAUUGAGGAAUUGGAGGAAGAAGUGACCCGUUGGAGGGCACAGGCUGAACUCAGUGCCAAGGAGGCUGCUCAGCUCUCCUGCAUGCUGGAGGAGCGAGAGAUGGAGAUCCGGCACCUGAGAACCACACUGAAAGAAAAGCAGCAGGACAGAAUGAGGGAGAUGGAGAGGAAAAGUGACCAAGAGAGGAGACGCCUGGAAGAGCGAUGUGAAGAAAUCCAAAAGGAGGAAGAGAAGAGGAGGCAUGAGCCUGUGUUUGACAGGGAUGUCCAUGCAGCUCAGGAGGAAUCUGUUCUAAGAGAGAAGGAAGCACGGCAGGGGUCGCAGCAGACUCAAGAGAGGGAGAUGCAGAAAGCACAAGAUAAGCUGCUGAGGGCCGAGGAGUUGGUCAAGGCUCUUAGGGAGGAUUUGAGGAGGGAAGAGUGGAGGAGAAAGGAGGUGCAGGAAGAACUGAAAGGAGCACAGCAUAUGGUGGAGGUGAUGGAGCUCAACUUAAAAGCCCUGGAGAACCAGGAGAGCCAUGAAGAGGGGGAGCGUCUGAGGAGCGCCUUAGAGGAGGAGAGGAAGACCAGUCGUGAUCGAGGAGUUACAGUUGAGCUACUGGAGGCCAAGCUGAGAGAUCUGGAGGAGGAUUUGAGGCAGGCGCUGCGGGACCGGAAGAGAGAGGCCGGAGAACGAUGGAAAACAGAGGAGCAGUGGAAGACGGAGGAGGAGAAGAGGGAUGAAGAGAAGCAAAGGAAGAUGGAGGUGGAGAAGAGGGAGGAGGAGAAGCAAAGGAAGAUGGAGGAGGAGAAGAGGGGUGAGGAGAAGCAAAGGAAGAUGGAGGUGGAGAAGAGGGAUGAGGAGAAGCAAAGGAAGAUGGAGGUGGAGAAGAGGGGUGAGGAGAAGCAAAGGAAGAUGGAGGAGGAGAAGCAAAGGAAGAUGGAGGAGGAAAAGAGGGAUGAGGAGAAGCAAAGGAAGAUGGAGGAGGAGAAGAGGGAUGAAGAGAAGCAAAGGAAGAUGGAGGAGGAGAAGAGGGAUGAGGAGAAGCAAAGGAAGAUGGAGGAGGAAAAGAGGGAUGAGGAGAAGCAAAGGAAGAUGGAGGAGGAGAAGAGGGAUGAGGAGAAGCAAAGGAAGAUGGAGGAGGAGAAGAGGGGUGAGGAGAAGCAAAGGAAGAUGGAGGAGGAGAAGCAAAGGAAGAUGGAGGAGAAGAAGAGGGAUGAGGAGAAGCAAAGGAAGAUGGAGGAGGAGAAGAGGGAUGAGGAGAAGCAAAGGAAGAUGGAGGAGGAGAAGAGGGAUGAGGAGAAGCAAAGGAAGAUGGAGGAGGAGAAGAGGGAUGAGGAGAAGCAAAGGAAGAUCUUGCAACUGGAUGUCCAAACGCUCUGGGAUGAGGUGCAGUCUGAAACGUGGGAUGAGAAUGACCAGUUGAGAACCAGCAUGAGCAUUGAGGAGGACAUGAGGAGGCGACACAUGCAAACUGAUGCUGAGGUGCCCGUCAUCACUCGGAGGACAGAUGAGAGCAGGAGGGAAAAGGAGGAUACACAUGAAGCAUCAGCAGAUAGACUGUUGUUGCAGAGCUGCGUGGCCUACCUGGAGCUGAAACUGGACCGGGCCCAGAAGAAAAGCCAUCAUCUGAGAGAUCAGAAGAGGAAACUGAAGACAGAGAGAGACACACUGAGACAGGUGAGUCAACUUCACGUGGCACUGGCAGUAGACAGCCAGCAGAGGGCGAUGUUGCAGUCUUGCGGGAAGAAGCGGCGCUCUCAGGAACUCCGUCAGGACCUGAGUGACUCGCUGGUGGCGGUCACUCUCUGUCCAAUAGCGUCUGUUCUGCAGUCAGAGACGCAGCGUUUGGACGGCAGUCUGAGGAAGGAGGAGCUUCGCAUGUCACUUGGCCAAUCGUGACAUGAGACUGAGGAGAAAAAAGUAUUUCAUGACAAUGUUAUUUAUUUAUUGGUGUCGAUACGGCUCAAAAACUCUAGGAUGUCAUGACAUAAAUGUCAGAUGUGGUUUCAAUACAGAAAUAAUCUUGGUUUGUCUUUGCUUGUUGAAUAAUGUCGUUUCUCACAGCAUGUCAUACUCCGUGUGCGCCACACAGUGGCGGCAGACGGAAGUCAUUCACCCUGCUGCUUCUUUUAUGCACCUUCAAUGAAGUGGAGGACAGUCCUGCGUGGACUGAGGACACAAAGUCCUUCAAAGAAUGCACAGGAGAUCAGCACACAAAUGUAAGUAUUGAAUAUAUGACUCAUUUCUCCCCAUCGUAGCAUUGUUACGCUACACAUUAGCUUUCUCUUUUCUUCUCAUACGCUGGACCUGCUGCCUAGCUUGUCAUUCAGUCAGGUCAAGGAAGCUUGUUACACGGGAACCUCAACUGAAAAGUUGAACAUAAACAAUUUGGUACGAACGGCAGACAAUUCAAAGCACAAGCACUUCAAUGGACAAAUGUCCAAAACAUUCAAGCAGGCGACGUCACAAACCAGCCACCCUUCCAACGCUCCUAUUAUUCUUCUACCGCUAAAGCUCACACACCUUCAUUUCAACAGAUGGACAUUUUUACAUCUACGGUACUUGUGUGUACGCCCUCUCUGCACACUCAUCAUUUAUACAGUAUCUCUAGCAACAUGGCCCUCUUUCACCCAGCUGGAACAUCUUACACAUCAUCCAUGGCUGCAGCCACACACAGUGUGGACACGUGCCUUUCACACAGUGUGGACGUGAUGGAGACAGAGAACCGUCUGAAAAGACAGGUGUCUUAGGCACAGUGUGGACGUGAUGGAGACAGGCAACCGUCCCAGAAGACAGGUGUCUUUCACACAGUGUGGACGUGAUGGAGACAGGCAACCGUCCCAGAAGACAGGUGUCUUUGGCACAGUGUGGAUGUGAUGGAGACAGGCAACCGUCCCAGAAGACAGGUGUCUUUCACACAGUGUGGACGUGAUGGAGACAGGCAACCGUCCCAGAAGACAGGUGUCUUUCACACAGUGUGGACGUGAUGGAGACAGGCAACCGUCCCAGAAGACAGGUGUCUUUCACACAGUGUGGACGUGAUGGAGACAGGCAACCGUCCCAGAAGACAGGUGUCUUUGGCACAGUGUGGAUGUGAUGGAGACAGAGAACCGUCCGAAAAGACAGGUGUCUUAGGCACAGUGUGGACGUGAUGGAGACAGGCAACCGUCCCAGAAGACAGGUGUCUUUCACACAGUGUGGACGUGAUGGAGACAGGCAACCGUCCCAGAAGACAGGUGUCUUUGGCACAGUGUGGAUGUGAUGGAGACAGAGAACCGUCCGAAAAGACAGGUGUCUUAGGCACAGUGUGGACGUGAUGGAGACAGGCAACCGUCCCAGAAGACAGGUGUCUUUCGCACAGUGUGGAUGUGAUGGAGACAGGCAACCGUCCCAGAAGACAGGUCUCUUUCGCACAGUGUGGACGUGAUGGAGACAGGCAACCGUCCCAGAAGACAGAUGUCUUAGGCACAAUGUGGACAUGAUGGAGACAGAUAAGAGUCCCAGAAGACAGGUGUCUUUGGGACAAUGUGGACGUGAUGGAGACCGAUAACCGUCCCAGAAGACAGGUGUCUUAGGGACAAUGUGGAGACAGGCAACUGCCCUAGAAGACAGGUGUUUUUAGGGAUGAUAUGGAUGUGAUGGAGACAGACAACUGUCCCAGAAGAAAGGUGUGUUAUACACAGGUACACAUUUGGAAUAGUGUUGUUUUUUUUUUUUCUUUAAAUAAAUGUUGCAGCUUUUCACACCUUGAA